AUGUUUCCGAGAUUCACCUUACUAACAAUUCUUCUCAUUCCAUGUUUUCUUAUUCUUAGUCCUUCUUCUGCCCUCAAGGAAGGAGAAACAUGCAUCGUGAGCAAGAAUUGCGAUCCGGGAUUAAGCUGCGAGUCGUGUCUCGCAAGCGACAACUUCCGACCUAGAUGCUCUCGUAUGCAACCCAUUAACCCCACCUCCAAGAAUGGUGUUAGAGGGUUUAUGCUUGACAUGUACGACUUCCAAAAUGAUGUAUGGCUUUGCCAUUCUUACGGUGGAAAUUGCUUCAACUACACGGCGUACCAACCGGCGGUUAACAUUUUCAAGGAGUUUCAAGUGUAUCUAGAGAAGAACAAGGAUGUGGUUGUGACGCUUAUCCUCGAGGACUACGUAAAAUCUCCUAAUGGUUUAAACAGAGUGUUUGAUGCAUCCGGUUUACGAAAUUUCAUGUUUCCGGUAACAAGUAUGCCCAAGAACGGAGAGGAUUGGCCUACCCUCGAUGACAUGGUAAGCAAGAACCAACGGCUGCUGGUUUUCACGUCAGAUCCUCGUAAAGAAGAGUCCGACGGAAUCGCGUUUAUAUGGAGAUACAUGAUAGAAAAUCAAUACGGGAAUGGAGGGAUGAGAGCAGGAGUGUGUACCAAUAGACCGGAAUCAGCUGCUAUGGGAGAUAAAUCGAGAUCACUUGUUCUUGUCAACUAUUUCCCGGAUACUGGGGAUUUUGUUGGAUCUUGUAAACAGAACUCUGCUCCUCUUCUUGACACGAUCAAGAAAUGUCAAGAAGCCUCGGGACAACGCUGGCCUAACUUCAUAGCAGUCGAUUUCUACAGGAGAAGCGAUGGUGGAGGACCUCCAAAAGCAGUAGAUGUUGCAAACGGUCAUACACUUUGCGGCUGUGACGAUAUAGCCGCUUGUAAGGAGAACAUGCCAUAUGGAACGUGUGAAAAGCAAGAAAAGCCGAAAAUGGAUUCGAAACUCAUGAUGAUUGCUAAACUUACGGCUGAAGCGACCAAAGGCUAUGGUCAUCCAUCUACCAAACCGACCCAACUUGGGCUUUCUGUGUUUGUUGUAACCUUUGUCUUGCUUCUCUUCACUUUUUGA